CAAGCGAAACACUAUUUGUCUUCCAUCAAUCACCGCGAGCAGUGCGCGAUUUGUUGACUCAGCGCGAUCGCGAACUAACGCGCAGUAUAUAACGCGAGAAUCUUAGACUUUGAAAUCACAGUUCGCCGCAGAACGCGAGAGCAAGAGCAAAGGCAAAGUGCAAGUUGCGUUCUUAACCCAAAUCGGUCAACGGCAAUAUGGCUUCGAAGCUGUUCGUGUUAGCCUUCCUGUGUAUCGCAUUGGUGGCGGUUGUGCAGAGUGCACCGCAGUAUGCCCACGGCGACGUGCCAACUUAUGAUGAGGAAGAUUUUGACGAGGAAUCGUUAAAGCCCCACUCAUCGUCAAGUGACGAUGGUGAGGAAGAGUUUGAUCCAAGCCUGCUCGAAGAACACGCCAACGCCCCCACUGCUCGGGAUCCCGGAAGGAACCCGGAAUUCCUCAGAAAUUCCAACCCUGACGCACAAGCAUCUGCUCCGGCAGCGUCUUCUUCGGAAUCGGACGAAUAAUUGCAGGAGCAUAAAAUAUGUUAUAUCACGGAAUAUGUAGAACGCAUUUAAGCAUCAAUAAAAUUACAGAAAUGGUAUUACACCUA